CCGUAUCAUCACUACUUGUAAAAUCAAUCUAACGUAAUCAACCAUGGGAGUUUUUACUGUACUGUUGGUAGCCAUUGUUGGAACUGUCUACGGAUACGGAAAAUUUGACCAUAGUAUAGGAUACGGCGUUGCUGCAGGAUAUGGUGGUGGUAGAGGUUACGGUGGUGGUUCAUGGUAUGGCGGUGCUGGAGGUAUUAGCGGAGGCGGUAUUAUUGGUGGAGGUGCAGGCAUUGGCGGUCGUGUAAGUUUUGAUGGAGGUGCAGGUAUUGGCGGAGGUGCAGGUAUUGGCGGGGGUGCAGGUAUUGAUGGAGGUGCAGCUAUUGGCAGAGGUGCAAGCUACGGUGGCUGGACAGGAGGAGCUGGAAACUCUUGGUGUACCUGUCGUCCAGGUUUGUGUCGUAAAUGGGAGACAACUUUGAACAAACAAUGCAGAUUAACACCACUGUUCCCAGGACAAUGGAACACCUGCUGUCAGGGAUUCCCAUGGUGGGUUACUAGCCGUAAUUAUGGUGGAUACGGCGGUGGGUAUGGUGGCAUAGUUAAUGUUGCAUACGGCGGUGGAUACGGUGGUGGAUAUGGUGGCGGAAUCGGUGUUCCAUACGGCGGUGGAUACGGUGUUGGAUAUGGUGGUGGGUAUAGUAGUGGAAUAGUCGGUGGAUUAGUCGGUGGAUACGGAGUUAGUGGUGGAUACGGUGGUGGAUACGGAGGAUAUGGCGGUGGUGGAGGUUAUAGGGGUGGUUCAUGGUACAGUGGAGCUGGAGGUAUUGGCGGAGGUGCUGUUAUUGGUGGAGGUGCAGGUAUUGGCGGAGGUGCAGUUAUUGGUGGAGGUGCAGGUAUUGGCGGUGGUUUAGUUUAUACCGGAGGUGCAAGCUACGGUUUGUUAGGAGGAGCUGGUAACACUUGGUGCACAUGCCGCCCCGGUUUGUGUCGUAAAUGGGAGAGAACUUUGGACAAAAAAUGCAGACUAACACCUCUGUUCCCAGGACAAUAG